AUGGAUGCGGCGGAGGUGGAGUUUCUGGCCGAGAAGGAGCUGGUUACCAUUAUCCCUAACUUCAGUCUGGACAAGAUCUACCUCAUCGGGGGCGACCUGGGGCCUUUUAACCCUGGAGCACCGGUGGCAGUGCCACUGUGGCUGGCGGUCAACCUGAAGCAACGACAGAAGUGCCGGGUGCUGCCUCCGGAGUGGAUGGACGUAGAAAAAUUGGAGAAAAUGAGGGAUCAUGAACGAAAGGAAGAAACGUUUACCCCAAUGCCUAGCCCUUACUACAUGGAACUUACCAAACUUUUAUUAAAUCAUGCUUCAGACAACAUCCCGAAAGCAGAUGAGAUCCGGACUCUGAUCAAGGAUAUGUGGGACACUCGCAUAGCCAAACUCCGGGUGUCUGCUGACAGCUUUGUGAGACAGCAGGAGGCACAUGCCAAGCUGGAUAACUUGACCUUGAUGGAGAUCAACACCAGCGGGGCUUUCCUCACACAAGCACUGAAUCACAUGUACAAACUCCGCACAAACCUCCAGCCUUCUGAGAGUGCCCAGUCUCAGGACUUCUAGAGAAAGGCCUGUGACUAUAAAGAUCUGGCGUCUAGUGGCAGGAGACUUGUUGGGUGAUGUGAGUGCUCAAGACAUGAUAGAGGUGACUUACCUCAUGGUUCUGGAGUUGUAGAAAUCAUUUUUUUUUUUUGGUGGCUGGCCUGUAUGGAGAUCCGAAUCCUUGACUUUGGUGUUAUAACUGUGUGCUCUAACCAACCGAACCAACCGGACAGCCUACAAACAAUUUUGAAUGUAUGAAAAAUGUAGUGGUGCAAGGAAUGGAUUCAUACAUUUUUGGAGAAGCACCAAGUUUGUGAUUGGUCUUUAAAACUCAGCUCCCUGGAACAUUCUCCAGUUCCACAUCUCUUUCUAAAGCCAGCUUUCUGGGCCAGCCCGUGGCUCACUUGGGAGAGUGUGGUGCUGAUAACACCAAGACUAUGGGUUCGGAUC